AUGCAAGAAAAACGGCAACAGACAAAACUACCAUCAGCAUGGCAACCAGAUAGGUGGGUCUGUCAUCAUACUGGUGGACGACAAUCAGGAAUGACAAAUGACCACUGUUAUCAACAAUCGAAAGAAACACCAUGGAUGAUAAGUAGAAAUUUGAAUUCAUCAUCUUCGACUAAACGUAUCAGUACAGCAGAAUUGAAAGAACGAAUAGAUAAGCUAAGUUUGAGAGGUGCAGAAUAUCGUCUUUCUGCAGGUAAAUCGAAAGUAAAACGUUUAAUUGAUUGUCAUAGUCCAAAAUCUCAUCGAAGUUUAUUAUCCUAUGGAAGCCGACGUCCAGUUACACCUGUUUUACAUAUUCCUAAAAUGUCAAAACAAGGCUUGAAACGAUGGCUAGAUGCUCGAGAUGCAUACCUUGGCCAUCAAUAUCCAUAUGUUAUAGAAAAAUUUAAACAUCUUCGUCGUCGUCGACAACGUCAACAACGACGAAAACCACAGCCAACAAAAGAAUAUUAUAAAAUCAUAGAUUAUGAAGGUUUAUCGAUGUUUUCUAACGAUUCCGAUCGUUUUAGUGCUUUAGAACGACUUUCAAGUCAAAAACAAACUCAAUCAAGUCGAAAAGAAAGUCCAACGAAAACAUUAAGUCAAUUUGAAAUUAGUCCUCGUCCUAGCGGUAGUGAUUGUAGUGGUGUAUUACAACGUGUUAAAUCAUUUGUUCAAUUGCCUGUUUGUUCAUUGAGUCGUCUUUCACUUCGAAAACAAGAAGAAAAAAAACCAACACAAAUUAUUCGUGAUCAUUUCGAUGACAAGUGUAUCGGCACUGAAACAAGUGAACCAAUAGGGCUUCGCAACGAUAUAGAACGAUGCGACCAAGCUGUACAAGUUGAUUUAGCACGUCCACAAAUUGAGUUACAUCGUGAAUUUGAUACUAGUAUGGUCGAAGGUGAAAAAAACGAACGAAUACGAUCUGUUCGACAUGAUGUCGAAUAUAGUGACAAAGCAACAGAGACAGAAUGCAUCAUAAAUUUUGCAAAUGUCCAACAAGAAACAAGAGAAGGAAAAGAAGAGAAUGAAGUCAAUGAUGACGAAGAUGAUAAGGCCACACGCCUUAGUAUAAAAAAAGAACAAGAAGAAAUCGGCCCAUAUAUAGAAGAACCGUAUAACGUUCAACAAAAACAUUCAUUAUCACAAAUGGCUGAUAUAAAUGAUCGUAAAAUGCGUAAAAAGAACAAAUUCAUACCAUCGACAAAAUUUACAAAUGUAAGCAACCGUAUUAGACCAUUAACAAUAGAUCUAUUACAAACAUCAACGAACGAUGUAAAUGAUAAUAAACAAAAUGGUUCACAAACAACAAUCCUUACAUCAACAGAAUCAAAUACUUCCAUUCAAGAGCAACUUCAAAGGUAUAAAGAAACUAAAUAA